AUGGAAUCACAACAAGAACAAGUGACACUAGAAUAUCCUUCCAUCACCAUGACAAACACAUCUACUAUUAGUAAUAAAACCACCACCACCACUUUGACCACUCCUCUCUCAUCAACGGAAGAGAAUCCUUUUAUAGAAAGCAUUCUCCAUCAAGAACAACAUCAACCACCACACGUCAUCACCACAUCCAUCACCAACUCCACCAUCGAAUCUUCCUCACAUCAUCAAGGAGGUCAUUGCAGUGUUGCUACUAUGUCUACUACUACUACUACUACUACUACUCUAAAUAUUCCAUCAUCAUCAUCAUCAACAACAACAACUUGUCAUUCAAGUCCAUUGCCAUUUACUUCCCAUCGGAAUGACAUUGCUGGUGAUGAAUUUGAUUCAAGAAGAAACAAAUUAUUCGAACCAUUCAUGAAAGACACACAUGGUUCGACCAUUCAAGACGACAUUAUGAAUGAUUACAAAAAUCUCUAUUUGAAAGAAUUCGAGAAAAACAAAAUACUUCAAGUGCAAUUGAAUAUCAUGCAAAUGGAAAGACAAGAUGAAAUUAGAAUUAUUAAUGAAAUUGAAAAUGAUGGAAGAAAUUUACAAUCAUGCAUUAAGAAAUUAAAACAAAUUCAUAAGUCAGAUAGCACUGCAAGUGUUCUUGAACAUUUAAAAAGAGAUGAAUUUCUAUUAUUUGAAAAUGAAAUGAAUCGAAUCUUACAACCAUUGAAUGAUUUGAAUCGAAGAAUUCACCUUUUAGAAUUGCAUUCUCAAUCCAUUUACAGUGAAACCACUAAUUGUCCCAAAUGUCUCGAAUUACAACACAAAUCAGCAACAAUUAUUCAAAAAGCCUUUCGAAGUUAUCGAUUGAAAAAGAGAAUGAGACUUCUCCUUCCACAAUAUGACAUGAUUACACAAAGAAAUUCACUCAUUUCUGAGAUUGUUCACACCGAAGAGACUUAUGUGAAAUCUCUCGAAUUAAUUCAACGACUCUAUAUCGAUCCACUCAAAAAUGCAGAAUCUGAUUCCAAAAGAUUUAAUUUAUGCAUGUUGGAUAUUCAAACUAUUUUCAAUAACUUGUCUACCAUCUUGUCCAUGCACAAAAUAUUUCUCAUGAAUCUAAAACAACGACUCGAACAAUGGCCUAAAGUGUAUAUUGGUGAAAGUUUUUUGAAUCAAUCCUUCUUUUUUCUAUUCUAUGUGGAAUAUGUGAAUGGAUAUAGUCAAUCUUCAACGACUUUGAGAGAAUUACGACAAAAGAAUCGAGAAUUUCAUAACUUUUUAAAUGAAACGAAAAAGAAUAAGGAAUGUAAAGGACUCUCCAUCGAGUCGUAUCUUAUUUUACCAAUUCAAAGACUUCCCAGAUACAAACUACUCCUUAAGGGUGUUCUGAAAAACACUCUCCCAGAUCACAAUGAUUAUUCCAAUCUCAAAUCAGCUUACAGAAGAAUCAGUGCUGUCAAUGCUGCAAUCAAUUCAAAGAAAAAGGAACAUGAAAGUUAUUCCAUAAUUAACAAAAUGUUCAACGAAAUGAAAAUAUUUUCUGUUGAACAGGAUUAUCAUUAUGUGAAACACAAACUACUCAAAGUAGAUGUUUCAGAGAGUUAUGAAAGCAAAUUGAAAACAUUUUUCAUUCGAGAAGGAUUUGCCAAUUACAUUGCAACAGACAUUCAAAAACCAAAGAAAAUUCAAUGUUUUCUCUUUGACAAAUUUCUCAUUUUGGUUGGAAUUGAAAAGAAAGUAUUUACAACAAAUCCAGUGUAUCGAUAUUUACACACCAUUACAUUUUCUGAAGCAACUUAUGUGUCACCAGAAAAGGGAGAACAAAUAUUUUCACAAAAACAACUCGAUCCAGAAUUGAAUUAUUUAUUCAUUGAACAAGACAAUAUCACUCAUGUACUUUCUUUUGAAAAGGAAUCUCUCAUUGCAAAUACUCAUCAAGAUUGGGCGAAAAAGAUUUACAAAUUUUUACACAAAACAGAACACGAUGAAUCUUCAGAAAAUGAAAAACAAAAAGAAAUGAUUGAAGUGUUGAAAAUAUGCGAUGCCAUGUUUCGUCACAAGUUCAGUAAUGCCACAUCCUCUUUUACCAAAUUAGAUUCACCCUUUGAAGAGACAAAGACUUUAAUAAGGACAUUUUCAUUUCUUGGAUCUAAGAAAGGGUCGAGUUCUGCUUUUUCUUCUUCCUCUUCGAUAUCACCUGUGAAGAAUUGUGAGGAUGAUGAUGAUGAAUCAGAGGUGAAAAAGUUUUUAGACAAUAUUUCAGUGAAUUCAUCACAUUUUUGA